AUGUAUCUAUCCAGCAAAAGGCUAACAACAAAGACCAUCAAGGAGAAUGUCCACGACGGCCGAACAGGCGAAUUGCGCGAAAUGUCCUACCACUCCUCCAAGAUCGUAGGCAGCGGCUCAUUCGGCAUUGUCUUUCAAACACGUCUCGUUGAAACAAACGAAGAUGCCGCCAUCAAGCGCGUCUUGCAGGACAAGCGAUUCAAGAAUCGAGAACUGCAAAUCAUGCGGACAGUGCAACAUCCCAAUAUCGUUGACCUCAAGGCGUACUUUUACUCAAACGGCGAAAAGCCCGACGAGGUCUACCUCAAUCUCGUCCUCGAGUACGUCCCCGAGACCAUCUACCGUGCCUCGCGACACUACGCACGCGCUCGACAAAACAUGCCCUUGCUCGAGGUGAAACUCUACAUCUACCAACUCUUCCGAUCACUCGUCUACAUCCACUCCCUCGGCAUCUGUCAUCGCGACAUUAAACCACAAAACCUACUCCUCAACCCAGCCACGGGUGUCUUGAAGCUCUGCGACUUUGGCAGUGCGAAAAUCCUCGUCCCUGGAGAACCCAAUGUAUCGUACAUUUGCUCGCGUUACUAUCGCGCACCAGAGUUGAUUUUCGGAGCAACCAACUAUACCACCAAGAUUGAUAUUUGGUCAACCGGUUGUGUCAUGGCAGAACUCAUGCUCGGACAACCCUUGUUUCCAGGAGAAUCAGGCAUUGAUCAAUUGGUUGAAAUCAUCAAAGUGUUGGGCACACCGACACGUGAGCAAAUCAAGACCAUGAACCCAAACUACAUGGAAUACAGGUUCCCCCAGAUUCGACCACACCCCUUUUCCCGGGUGUUUAGACGUGGUACACCCACGGAUGCCUUGGAUUUGAUUGCAAAAGUCCUGGACUACACGCCCACAACGCGGUUGAGUGCAUUUGAUGCCAUGUGUCACGCAUUUUUCGAUGAACUGCGUGAUCCAGCAACAGUGUUGCCAGAUUCACGGAAUCCAACAGCUGAACCAAGAGCGCUACCGGCAUUGUUUGAUUUUACCGCCAAUGAACUCUCCAUCAACCCAAGCCUCAACUCGAAAUUGGUACCGCCCCAUGCGGUGGAGCAACUCAAGCAAAAUGGUAUUGACUUGACCUCCUUCCAACCACUCAGUCAAGAACAAAUGUCGGCACGCCUCGAUUGA